ACAAAUGUUGAGAUUUUAAGUUAUAUUCUCUUACUUACAGAAGGAGAAGAUUUGGCAAAUUCUAUCCAAGGAAAAAGUGGUUAUAAAACAGAUGUAGGUUUAAGUGGACUGGUUAUUGAUAUUCCUUUGAACAAAUCUAAAUUUUAUUGUGAUAG